AAAAGAAGAACAUAAAGCAGCUAGCAGUUUAUGAUAUAUACAAAAUAAGAAGAAGAACAAACAAACGGGAUAAUUAAUCGGAGUCUGCCGUCAUAUCAUCUUUGUGAAAAUGCUUCGGUUUAUUUUGAUCUCAGUGUUGUCUUUACUCACUAAUGGUGUUAUUACAGACAGAGUGACAGUAUCAGUGUCAGUGAUGGAGGGAGAUUCAGUUACUCUGUACACUAAUGUUACAACAACACAACAAGAAGAGAUUUUAUGGUAUUUUAAUGACACCCGCAUCGCUAUGAUCGCUGGAGAUCUCAGCAGGAUCUGUACAGAUGUUCAGUGUAAUGAAGACACUGAGAGAUUCAGAGACAGACUGAAUCUAGAGAACCAAACCGGAUCUCUGACGAUCAAAAACAUCCAGACUGCAGACACUGGGGUCUAUCAGCUGAAGAUCUUCAGUAGCAGCAGCAUCAGUGACAAGACCUUCAGUGUUACUGUUGAUGUUCCUGAUAAAGUGAAGACAAUAUCAGUGAAGGAGGGAGAAUCUGUUACUUUUGAUCCUGGUGUCAUAAAAACAACUGAUUAUGUGAUGACGUGGUAUUUUAAUGAGACUCUCAUCGCUGAAAUCACUGGAGAUCAGAGUAAGAUCUGUACAGAUGAUCAGUGUAAAGAGAGAUUCAGAGACAGACUGAAGCUGGAUCAUCAGACUGGAUCUCUGACCAUCACAGACACCAGAACCACAGACUCUGGAGAAUAUAAACUACUGAUCAGCAGCCGUAUCCUUCAGAACAGCGUCAGCAUCACCAGUUUGAAAACAUUCAUUUUUACUGUCAUUGAUUCAGGUCUGUCUUCAGCUGCUGUGGCAGGAAUAUGUGUUGCUGUUGUUCUGUUGUUCGUGGCUGCAGCUGCUGCUGUUGGUGUGAUUUACUAUUGCAAGCGUCUUCAAGCAGGACAAAAUAAUAUCACGGCACAAUCCAGUGAUCAGCCAGGUCAUUUACAAGACUUUCCCCCUGAUCUGUCUGACCCCAUGUUGAUGGACAAUGCUACUGAGAUGUCCCCUGAUGGGAAGGAGACUGAGGCUGCCAGUGAGACCUAACUUUAACAUCUUUGGUACCAGUACCAGGGCCGGCCCUACCUAUAGGCAGAGCAGGGAUCCUCAAAUCUGGCUCGCAAGAUCCACUUUCUUGCAGAGUUUAGCUCUAACCCUAAUCAAACACACCUGAGCAUGCUAAGCAAUGUCUUCAGGAUCAUUAGAAAAUCACAGGUAGAUGAGUUUGAUCAGGGUUGGAGCUAAACUCUGCAGGAAAGUGGAUCUCGCAAACCAAAUUUUUAGGAUCCCUGCCCUAUACAGUAGUCCACCAGUCAAGACAGGCAGCAAAACACUAGCGUCAUUCCUCAUUGGAUAUAGUUGAAUUUUCACUCAGCUGCAAUUUAACCAAUUAAUGUUUCUAUUUCAAAGCGGGUCCCACCUUCAGAAUGUUUUCCGUAAUGAACACAUCCUUCAGGUGCUAUGAAUCAAAGGGCUAAAUAGACACGCAAAAAGUACAGUUCCAAGUUAUUUCCUUGUCGUCAUCUAUUUUGGAGUGUGUGUAUCUUCUAAAUUCUGAUGAUGAUUACAUUACUGCUGUAACAUAACACUACUAGGCUGUUAUGCUUAUGUUUUUUAAUAUGUGUGACUUUUUAGAAUUACUUUUUAGAAUGAACUGUGAUCAAACCAGCACCAGCUACAGCAUCAUUCAACCAGUGUUAAAUAUUUUUGAAAUUAGUUUAGUUUGCUUAAAAAAAUAUUUUUUUUUAUACUGAUAGAAAUUUAUUUCUAUUAACUUGAUAAAUACUUGUUUGACUUGAGAAAUGUUUGAUUAAUAUUUUUGUAGUCCUUUUUAAAUAUUGAUUUCAUGGAUUGUAACUGCCAACC